GCGCGCGCUCCUUCUCCUCUCCAUCCCCCCCCCCAACCUACGCCCGAGAAACAUCCAGCUCCUCCUCCGCUCCGUCAUCAUGGCGCAGACCCCUCCGCCCACCCGCCCAAUCAAAGUCCUCAUGCUACACGGCUUCACGCAAUCCGGCCCACUCUUCCACGCCAAAACGCGCGCGCUGGAGAAAAACCUCGCCAAAGCCUUCCCCGCGGGCAUAUCGCUGCACUACCCGACCGCGCCGAUCCGGCUGCUCCCCGCCGACGUGCCCUUCCCCGUAUCCAGCUCCACGCUCACCAACGACGGCGGCGACGCAGAAGAAACAGAUGCCUGGGCGUGGUGGCGGCGCAAGGGCGAGGGCGAGCCGUACCGCUACGAGGGCAUAGAACAGGGGCUUGCGCAUCUAGCGGACGUCCUGCAAAAGGAAGGGCCGUUCGACGGCGUCAUCGGCUUCUCGCAGGGCGGAGCGUGCGCGGCGAUGCUGGCGAGUCUACUGGAACCGGAUCGGCGCGCUGCGUUUGAGGCUUUUUACCCCAAGGGUGGGAUGUCGUACCCCGAGUCUUUUGAGGCGGAUACGGGCUAUGUCGAGGGGACGAUACAUCCACCGCUCAAGUUCGCGGUCAGCUAUUCGGGGUUUGCCGCAAGAGGGACGGAUCUGUAUAAGGGGUUCUACGAGCCGAAGAUUAAGACGCCGAUGCUGCAUUUCUUGGGCACGCUGGAUGCGGUUGUCGAAGAGGCGCGAAGUCUGGCGCUGGUAGCGGCGUGUGAGGAAAGCAAAGGGAGGGUUGUCUAUCAUCCCGGAGGACACUUUUUGCCGAGCAGUCAGAAGGCGUAUGUGGCUGCGCUAAUUGGGUUUAUGAAGGAGAUAUUACACAAGGCGGAUAAUGAGGGGAAGAAGGAAGAGAGCGUGGAGGAUAUGGACGUUCCAUUUUGAAUUAUCAUAUUGUAUGCAUUUCGGGCAGCGUGGCGUUGGACAUAGAGGAUAGACCACACGGCGCAGGCAGGCAUAUUCGGACGUCUAUAUUACAUGCGCUCGGUAUGCGCGGAGCCAGCAUUAUAGAGGCUCAACCAUGUCUAGACCAAUCAUGAAUACUCCGACGUCCCAGCCAG